AUGCCUGAAAGGGAAGUUUUCUUCGACCUCUUCUGCAAAAUCCAAAUCAACUCCCACUCGAUUCACACUAAUGCAGGCAACGAAGUGGGAAUGGCCAUCGACUUGGGUGUCUCUCUCUACAACCAUUCCUGCCGCCCGACCUGCUCGAUGGUGUUCGACGGAUUCCGGGUGGUGAUCCGGCCGCUGGUGCCUGAUAUUGAUGCCAACGACACGAGCAAGUCGUUCAUCUCCUACAUAGACGUCGGACGCAGCAAACACAUCCGACGACGAGAGCUCAAGACCCGCUGGUUUUUCGAUUGUGAAUGCUCGCGUUGUAUGGAUCCUGCCGAUGAUGUUCUCACCGCGAUCAGGUGCUCAAACCCGUGCUGCGAUGAGCCGCAGGUGAUCACUGAGACCUCGGAGCCGUGCUAUAUUGCGUGCGCAAAGUGUGGCUCGAUGACCGAUGAUGAUACUGUUCAGCAAGCCCAACAACUGAUGCUCAGCCUGCCCGCCCAGUUCGACCCGGAGUGUCCGGCUGAAAAGCUUCGCGAACUGCUCGCCUCCGCCGAAUCCGUCCUGCACCCGGUGAACGUCUACAUCACUCGCCUGCGCACAGCCCUCCUCCACAUCACCGGAUCCCUCGAAGAGAACAUCACCUCCAUUCACAAACAAGUAUACGAGAACUACAAACUAUGUUUCCCGAAAGCUGAUCGUCACGUCGGCUACCAACUUCUACAUAUCGUCAAGGCGUUGAUCGAAAAGGACGAUCGUGAAGAGGCAAUCACCUACGCCUACGACGCCAUGAACAUCUUUGAAGUGUGCUUUGGCCUCGAUCACCCGUACUAUCUCCAAACCCUAGCUCUUUGGACAUAUUUGGACCAGAGGACCCCAAAAUCCAAGGCCGAGCUCAUCGCCCUCACCAACUUCAACGACAACCGCCGCGUCGACAUCGAGACGCUCCUCGAAAAGGCGGCCGCCAUCAGCCCGGGUACCCUGGCCAUCAAUCUGCCAAAGUCAAAGCAC